AUGAAAGUAAACAACGUAAAGGAAACAACCACAAAGGAGAUCGCAAAGAACAUCUUUUUGCACACUAGCAAGAUGUCUCUUUCUAACACGGAAGAUUUGGCACAUACUCUAUACACAUAUACUGUUGAUGUCAAAGAGAUCUCUCUAGUUGAUAUUACCCUAGAUUUCUCAGGAUCCUCAAAUAUAAAGCUUGAGAAUUAGGCUGAUUUGACAGCCACGGCAACAAUAAAGCCAAUGACUUCUUAAAUUGUAGCUGUUGCUAGGGCCUAUGAUGUGCAAUGGAGCACUCAGGUUAAAAUGAAGCUAUGCAAAAGAAGUCCAUCAAUGGAAGACUAGGAGCAGUUCCUAAAAAGCGAUAAAUAAAAACUUGCUGAUGAGAUUAUUGAAGCAGAAAGACACUGGUCUAAUUUCCCAGUUAGGAUCGCAUCUCAAGAUUAAAUUUUGUAACACAUUAAGAAAGCUGGUUCUAAUUUCAUUGAUAACUCAUUCUUACCAGUUGAGAAGUCAAUAUUUGAUCCAUCUAAGGGUCAGCCUUUCGACAGAAUUGUUCACUGGAGAAGACCGAGGGAAUUUAUGAUUCCAGAUCCAAGCAAGGGACUCUUUGAGCCUCAAAUGUUUGAGAAAUCCAUAGAGCCAAGUGAUAUUUUGUAAGGUAAUUUGGGUGAUUGCUGGUUCCUCUGCGCAGUAUCUUGUAUCGCAGAGAUGCCUUCACUUGUGGAGAGAUUGUUUUUAACUAAAGAAUAUAACGAGGAGGGAAUAUACAGAGUUAAAUUAUUCAAAAAUGGGGAAUGGAUGGAAAUUGUAGUUGAUGAUUAUUUCCCAUGCUUGCCUUAUGGGGGUCCUAUCUUCUCAAGAGGUCAUGGCAAUGAACUCUGGGUGUUAUUACUUGAAAAGGUGUAUGCUAAAAUUCAUGGAAGCUACAAAAACAUUGUAGCUGGCAAACCUCACGAAGCACUUAUGGAUUUGACUGGAUGUCCUACCACCUCUUAUAGUUUUAAGGAUGAAAAAGUACAAGAAUUAGUAAGAAACGGGAAGCUAUGGACUAUGCUAAAAACUUUUGAUAAGGAAGGCUAUAUAAUGGCUGGAGGUACUCCAGGUGAAGAUACAAUGACAGAAAAUGGAGGAGCAAACUAAUCAGGAGGAUUAGUUCCAGGACAUGCUUACAGUAUUAUAUCAGCAGCUGAAUACAAGGGUAUUAAAUUAUUGAACAUUAGAAAUCCAUGGGGAAACUUUGAGUGGGAUGGUGACUGGAGUGAUAGGAGCUAUCUUUGGACAGAGGACAUGAUCAGAGGUUUCAAUGCAGUUUUAGAUGAGAAUGAUGGCUCUUUCUGGAUGAGUUUCUCUGAUUUCUGUAGACUCUUUGACAGUCUAGAUGUCUGCAGAGUAGCAAGUUGGAAUGAACUAAGAUUAAGAGGCAGAUUCAUCAGAUAUAAUGAUGUAAUGGACCCAGAAAAUGAAGUUGUUGUAUCAAAAUGGAUCUAUGCUUUAGAAAUUCCAACUAAAACUCAUGUUGUAAUUGGCCUUCAUCAAGAAGAUGAGAGAAUAGAGGGCACUUUACCUAGAAGACCCUAUUUAGACUUCGGAGUCGCUAUCUUAAAAAGAGAUCUAGACGGAUCAACUUUAGUGCAUUUGAAGGAUUAUGUAAUUCAGAGAGACUGUGAGAUUGAAUGUAUUCUAGAACCUGGUUCUUACAUUGUAGUGCCUAGAACAACUGGUUGCAAUAUCAGAAGACCAUCUGAUGCUCUAUCUUAAAAUGUGAGGCUACUAAAUGAAGGUAGAUACCCAACUGAGCUCUUUGCUUCAACUAUUGCAGAUAUUUUCAGAAAAUUUGACUUGGUAAUUUCAAACUCAAUGGACUUCAAGGAAUUCAAAGCUCUAUAUGACAUUAUUGGAAAGAAAAUAACAGAGCCAGAAUAUCAAGCAAACAUUGUUAGAAGAUACAAUUCCCUUGAUGACUCAUUGACUCAAAAGGGUUUCACUGACUGGUUCAUUGAUCAAACCAGAUCUGAGGGAGAGGAUGUAAUUUUCUCAUGGCUAGAUAAGCUUGGCUACGACAGAGAUCUUUACUCAGUUAGAUCAAGACUUUUCACCAUUACCUUCCACAGCAAGCCAUUAGAGGGUACUGAUCCAAUUGAAGUUAAAAUCAGAGAUGCUAUUGGCACUGAUAUCGAUAACAUUUCAAAUAGAUUAGUUCUAGAACAAUAUGGUAGAGACAUCGAAAGAGGAGAUGGAUUCAGAAUAAUUGAAAAAGAAAAUUCGUAAGAAUAUAAUAUAUAUUUGCUAAUAAUUUAAUAGUGA